AUGAAUAUUAAAGCUUAUCUUGAUGAAUCUGACUGGAAGCGUUGUCUCACUGUAUUCAUGAGGUCUGAUUUGAACAUUUCACAAAUUUUAACUUAUUUAAAUAAAUUUGACUUAAAAUCUGAUAAAGAAAUUGAUGAUCAUACUUCCAAAAUUAAUAGUGAAAGACUACCAAGGUUUUUCAUGUUCCCUGGUACACCUCAAUUCCUUAGAAUUUUCCUUAGAUUAAUGAAUUUUUAUUCAAAUUCAUUAGAAUCAAGAGCAAAUUAUACUGCACCACAAGAAUUAAUAGCAAAAAUUACCCAGAGGCAAAAAUCAAAUUAUAUGAGCAUUGAAGGAACGGUACCACAUCGUAACUUUAUUUAUUUCUUCGGCCAGAUAAAACCCAAGAAUAAAUAUAAAUGUGAGAUCGAUGAUUAUACUCUCAAGAACUACUCACAAGCCUAUGAUAAGAUUAAGUUUGAUAAUCCUUAUUCUUAUGACCAUUCUACUUUUACGGUAUAUGAUAUGGAAUGUGCAAAUGAUAAGAUAUAUGUGAAUAACAAAGACAAUCAAUUAUCUGAAAAGGAGUCUUUACCAAAAUAUUCAAAGUAA